CAUAAUUUACAUACUUGCUAGAAACUGAAUUGUAAGAAGCCUUGGUUCUCAUAUCACAGUGAGGGGAAAUGGACGUAGCAGGGGUCACAAGUGCAGCCAUAGUUCUGAUAUUGAUAUUUGCUUUGAUAUGGGCAUGGAGGGUGCUAAACUGGUUGUGGCUGAGACCAAAGAAGCUGGAGAGGCUGCUGAGAGAGCAAGGUCUAAAAGGGAAUCCGUAUAAGUUUUUGGUGGGAGACAUGAAUGAUUUUCUCAAUAUGCAAAAGGAAGCCCAAUCCAAACCCAUGGGUCUCUCUGAUGACAUAGUUUCACACGUGUCUCCCUAUUUCGAACAUAGUGUCAACAAACACGGAAAAAAUUCUUUUAUCUGGUUUGGACCAACACCAAGGUUUACCUGUACAGAUCCUGAACUGAUCAAAGAUGUACUUAACAAGAUCUAUGACUUCCCAAAGCCUGACAAUAAUCCUCUUGCAAAGUUACUAGUUUCUGGUCUUGUAACUCAUGAAGGAGAAAUAUGGAGAAAGCAUAGAAAGAUAAUCAACCCUGCAUUCAGUUUAGAGAAAUUGAAGAUUAUGUUACCAAUAUUCUUCAGAAGUUGUUAUGAUCUAAUUAGCAAAUGGGAGGGAAUGUUGUCUCCUGAUGGAUCAUGUGAAAUGGAUGUAUGGCCUUUCCUUCAAAAUUUAGCAAGUGAUGUUAUAUCUCGGACUGCAUUUGGAAGUAGUUAUGAAGAAGGCAUGAGAAUAUUUCAACUUCAAAAAGAGCAAGGUGAACUUACAAUGAAAGUUAUAAUGAAAGUUUACAUCCCUGGAUGGAGGUUCCUACCUACUCCUACUCAUAGGAGGAUGAAGGAAAUUUCAAGAGAUAUAAAUGAUUCUCUCAAGAAGAUCAUUAACAAGAGGGAGAGAGCACUAAAGGAAGGUGAAGCCAGUAAGAAUGACUUGUUAGAUAUUCUUUUGGAGUCAAAUCACAAGGAAAUUCAAGAAUACGGAAGCAAGAAGAAUGUUGGGUUGAAUCUUAAAGAUGUGAUUGAGGAAUGCAAGCUAUUCUACUUUGCAGGGGAGGAGACCACUUCAGUUUUGCUUGUUUGGACAAUGGUGUUAUUGAGUAGGUACCCUAAUUGGCAAGAACGUGCAAGGGAGGAAGUUGUAAAAGUAUUUGGUAAUGAAAAACCAGAUUUUGAUGGGCUAAGUCACCUUAAGAUCGUCACUAUGAUUUUGUAUGAGGUUCUGAGGUUAUACCCUCCAGUUAUUGGGCUUGCUAGAAAUGUUCACAAAGAUGUGAAACUUGGAAACAUUACGUUACCAGCUGGAGUGCAGAUUUCAAUACCAAAACUUUUGGUUCACCAUGACUCUGAAUUAUGGGGUGAUGAUGCUACAGAGUUCAAUCCUGAGAGAUUCUCUGAAGGGCUUCUGAAAGCAACAAAAGGAAGAGUUUCAUUCUUUCCUUUUGGAUGGGGUCCUAGAAUAUGUAUUGGACAAAACUUUUCCCUAUUGGAAGCAAAGAUGGCUUUAUCAGUGAUUUUACAACGUUUCUCAUUUGAACUUUCUCCAGCCUAUGCUCACGCUCCAGUUACAGUAAUUACUCUUCAGCCACAGUAUGGUGCUCAUAUCAUUCUACGGAAAGUGGGAGCAUAAACAAUAAUAAUUAAGCUCUUAUUUUAUGAUUUUUAUUACAUAUAUUGUGCUGUUGGGAAGCUUAUAAUGUAAUAAUAAUAAGAAUUUCUGAAGACAAUACCAUGCAUAUGUUUGCUUUCAUUUACACAACUAUAUAAUAUUGAGUCUGUUUGGAAGGGAUUUUGUAAUUUGGAUUUUUCUAUAAGUUUGCAGUUAUAUGUGCGGUUUCUACUGUACUUCUAUAAUUCAUUUCUAAUUAUGUGAUUACCAGUACAUAUAUAGGCCAGUCUUUAGUGUAGAAUAUGAAAUUUUUUCUUAAAAAGUAGGCCUAAAAAGUAUAUUGAUAAUUCCAGUUGGUAAGAAACAUAAGAAGAUAUGCUA